AUGUCGCCCAAGGACGCGAUUGCGCAUAUCUCGAAGCUGCUGGUGUUGUCCUACGUUGUCGACUGGGUGUUCAUUGUCGGCCUCGCAUUGAUCGGAUAUGGCUUUUCCAAGGUCACACCAAAUCACCACCCCUUUUCCCUCGCCGACCCAAGCAUCUCCUUUCCUUAUAUGGAGAACGAGACCGUGACGACCGAAACUUUGGUCCUGGUUGGACUCUUUGCACCGGCUGUGAUUGUCCUUCUCGGAGCAUUCGCGCUCGUCCCCGGGACUGCCGUCGAUAAUGGAGCUAAGUCCUCCAAGUCGCAAUUGAUUCGUCGCAAAAUAUGGGAGUGGAAUGCUGGCUGGCUGGGUCUUGCUUUGGCGCUAGCAGCCGCCUGGACGUCCACAGAAGGACUCAAGAGUCUCGUCGGAAAACCUCGCCCUGAUCUGCUGGCGCGUUGCAACCCCGAUGUGAGCGACAUUGCUUCUCAUGUGGUCGGUGGACUCGGUGAGAGUUUGAAAGGCGCCGCAGUGCUUGUCGAUUGGACAAUCUGCCGGGUUCAGUCUGAUCUGGUGCGCGUCGAUGCAUUUUCAAGUUUCCCUAGCGGCCACUCUUCCUUCUCUUUCGCCGGUUUGGGCUACCUGACCCUCUGGCUGGCCUCGAAGUUCUCCGUCACCUUCCCUUACUUACCGCAAUACCCGAUCGAAGGUCGUGACUUCAGCGAUGAUCGUUCUUCCGUCCGUAUGCGUGGCGCGGCUCCUCCAGUCCUGUUGAUGAUCUUGGCUUUUGUGCCCACAGCCACGGCCUGCUUUAUUGCCGCCUCUCGGUGGAUGGACUACAGGCACCACGGGUUCGAUAUCCUUUUCGGUUCUGCCCUUGGUAUAUUCUUUGCUUAUAUUGGCUUCCGCAUGUACCAUCUCCCGAUCCAACGCGGAGCGGGCUGGGCUUGGGGACCUCGGGGCCCUCGAAGGGCUUUCCUUCGCGGCAUUGGGUUCCCUAGUUCACUAGGCGUCGAUAGUUGGACGUAUACACGGAAGACUGACGAGGUGCGCAACGGCUUCCGCCUCGAAACGGAUGUUGAAAAUGUUCCGAUGCGGGACCGAGCGGAGCGAGGUCCUACGGAUGACAGCUUUUGA